UCCGUUUUUUAUUCGUCCAUGCAUUGCUUAGGCCGGUGGAAAAUGGCGUCAAGAUAAGGACGUUCCAGCUUUAUUCAUGUCGUAGAAUAACAAAAGAUACUAAAAUUCGAAGUUAUAAAGUGGGAAGAUAAAUCAUCAAGCAUGACACAGUUCCUACCACCAAAUUUGCUGGCGCUGUUUCAAGCGCGGGAUGCUAUCCCAUUCUUGCCUCCGCCAAAUAAGAGGAAACCUAACGAACAACCGUACAGUGGAGUCUCCUCCUACCUGACUUUAUUUGAGGACCCAAAAGACACACCCCCACCAACAAGGGGUGAGACAAAACAAGAAAAGCAAGAGAGAAAGAGAAGAGAGAAAAUGGCACUUGUGGAAAAGGAAUUAGAAGAAAAAAUGGCUGACUGGGACCCUCAUUCUGACGCAAAUGCUGAUGGUGACCCUUUUAAAACACUAUUCGUGGCUCGAAUUAACUUUGAGACUACUGAAUCAAAACUAAGAAGAGAGCUAGAAGUUUAUGGUCCUGUUGUCAAGAUCAAUAUGAUAUAUGACAAGGUGAAAGGCAAAUCAUUGGGCUACGCUUUUGUAGAGUUUGAACAUGAACGAGAUAUGCAUGCGGCCUACAAAAAUGCCGAUGGUAAAAAGAUCGAUGGACGCAGAAUUCUUGUUGAUGUUGAAAGAGGAAGAACGGUCAAAAGCUGGCGACCCCGAAGGCUUGGUGGUGGACUUGGAGGCACUCGUCGUGGUGGUCCAGAUGUAAACAUUAAGAUCUCAGGAAGAGUUGACAGUUACGAAAACAGAGAGGAGAACGAAAGAGAACGAGACAGAGAACGUGAUGUAGACAGAGACAAGAGGCGACGGAGUAGAUCACGUGAUAGAGAAAACAGAGAUCGACGGGACCGUAAAAGAGAAAGGGAUCGUGAUCGUGAUAGAGAUCGUGAUCGUGACAGAGAUCGUGAUCGCGAUCGUGUAAGAGAAAGAGAUCGCGACCGUGAUCGUGAUAGAGAUCGUGACCGUGAUCGUGAAAGAGAUGACCGUGAUGACAGAAGAGGUCGUCGUGACAGAGAACGUGACCGAAGUGAUCGUGACCGUGAUCGUGGUCGUGAUAGAGAUCGCGAUAGAGAUCGUGAUCGUGACAGAAGUGAUCGUGAUGAUAGUGAUGCCAGAAGAAACAGGGAUCGUAGCAGAAGCGGUUAUGACGAGGAUGAGCGCGGCAAACGCGACGAAGAUGGCGAGGAACGUGAUCGAUAUCAAGGCAGCCGUGAUGGUUAUGAUGAUGAUAAAGAGAGCUAUCGCUAUGAAGGCAGCAGAGAUUACGGCAAUGAUUAUGGAAACGGAGAAAUGCAGGUUGGCGAUGAAUAGCUGACCCUUGUACUAUCAGAAGGACCCACCUACUAUUCCAAGCCGUUAUUAUUAGGCUAGAUAUCCUUUGUUAGUAUUACCCGCGUAACUUUUAUCUUGGAAUUUGAAAACGGCUGUUUAUAGAUAACUAGGCAAUGAAAUGGGUCUAAAAACGGACAUCCGAUAAAAUAGUUGUAAUGAAACAAGGAUGAUUUAAGAAUAAUGUAUCGAUAACUAGAGAUGGAGGUUGUAACUCAAGUUCUUAGAGGCUACUACUCCUUUGCAAGAAAAGAAAAAUUGCUUUUAUGGA